UUCCUUCCCUUUCUUCCUCUUCUUUCCAAAAACAAUAUCACGCAUACAACAAUUCUCUCUCUCUCACCCUCCCCCUCUCUCUCUCACGCACACACACACAAACAUGUGCGUCUGCCUCUCUGCUUGAAGCUGCCUGUCAUCAUUUGCUUUGCCGGAGAGUGGAGACCAGAUGGUCGAAAUUGCCGGACAUCAAUCAUUUGCUGGAGAGCUUCAGCCUCCAACUUCAACCGGGUAUGUUUAAUGCUUUAUCGACAUGCUUUCUUGGUUUCUCGUGUGAGAUUAUUCCUUAGACUGAGCAGAUCCAAACAGAGUCGAGCUAUAGAGUUGAAUUUGGCAAUGGAAAGAGACCCUUUUGUUUGCUUUACUGCUCUGUUUCAUCCUCGGUUUGAUCGAAAUUUUCCAUUAACGUUAAGAACCAACCUCUGUCACUGUCCAUGUCAAGAUUGCAUGCUGCGGCUCAACUGAAACAGAAACAGAGCAGAAAUAAGCUGGAAUAAUCUGGGAGGAGAAGGAACCAGUCAGUGGAGGUGAAGCUUCUGGAGAGAAGCUGCUGCGACGACAACUCUGGCCCACUUCCAAGAGGUCUCUCCUGGAUCCACAGUCAGCGGUGGUUCUCCGUUGUCGGCCCCUCCAUCGCCUUCUCGUCGUGUUUCGCUGCUGCUCUGGUCCCUUCCGAUUGACUAUGGUUAACGAUCCGUCCGAACCGAUCCCGAUGUGAUCUAUUUGGCUUUCAAUAACCAGUGUUCUUGACAGUUCGAAUCGAGGAACCGGUGGAGAUGUGAGAAAAGGAGUACCUUUCGCCAUUACAGCGUGAAGGGUCAGAGGAAAGGGAAUAAUUCAUUGUGGACUGGAUAAGUUUCCAGAGUUUUGGUUCAGUUCGGGUAAAUUGAGCUUGCAUUGCGAUGGCGAAGUUGAGCUGCUUUUCCUUGCUAACUGGAAGGAAGAAGAAGGGGAAUGAGGAAAAAGCAAAGACUACUGCAGGCGCCCCGAAGGCCCUCCUGGUGAGGCUGGACCAUCCUGUCAAACCAUUCGAGACUGACGAGUUGAAGCACACGUCGUUUAAGGUUCCGGUACCUUUAGGCAUUAACCAAGAUGCCGAAUUCAAUGUGAAGGUCACGGUCCAUGAGAGCCCUAUUUCUGGGGCUGAAGCGCCAGAGAUAGCUUACGAGGGAGAAGAUGAACAAGAGGAGAUGGACAAGGAUCACUCCUCCAUCAGGAGGGACUACUCGGACUUUGAUCUCCAAGCCCGAGAAAGAGAGGCUGCCUUAGACUCUGAGGAGUUUGAUUUGAGUGGCAUGGGUGAUGCGGAUGUAGCCUUUGUGCGGGACAGUAUAGAUUUGAAGAUCCAAAGCGGCCAUGUUAGUGAUCCUGGGGUCAGGAAAACCGAGUUCUGGGCCUCACCGACGCUGAAGCGGUCAUGCUCGAAUCUGGAAAUCAGUGAGGCUCUUAAGAGGGCGGCCGGUAAACUGUCUCCUCCAUCGAAGUCCCAGUCAUUUGAGGAGCUUCAAGCGUUAGCCCACAACAUGACGGAGAAUGCGAAUUACUGCGAGGGCAGCCCUGUUUCGGUAAAUUCCCACUUUAGUGCUGACAAGGUGAUGUUAAAGAAGCAUUCCUCGAGCCAAGUACUUCCCUCGAGGAGUCGAAGACUGUGGUGGAAGCUCUUCCUGUGGAGCCACCGGAACUCCCACAAGAAGUUCGUUAAACCACGGCCUGUUCCAGUUCCAAUUCCCGCUUUGGCUGCUCUGAACCAACGAGGAGGAGGAUACUCUUCGGACACUCUCGAACCAAGCCGUGCGAUGAAGUUCAAAGUGACAGAGUUGCCCCCGUCAUUCGAUGGUCAUUCCCCAAGCCUGGAAAUCAUAGCUGCUGCUGGUUUGUGGCCUCAGAACCAGUGGGUUGCUUUCACAGGGGAAUCUUCGUCUUCCCCCCUCGCGAGAGUGGAUGAAUGGGUGAAGGAUCUCAGUAUUGAGCCAACAAUUCCGGAUGAUGAUUAUAAUGGCGAGAACGGUGAUGAGGACAAUAUCAUCUUUCCGCCUUCUCCUGAGACUGCUCGGGGAUCUGCCCACCACUUGGUUCGACAUCCUGAGACGAACCUCGGAGAGGAGAUUCUCCAUGCUAAUAGCCUCAUUCAGUCGCUCAACUCUUCUUCAUCGGUUGCUCAUAUCUCAGGAGUCGGGUUGAAAGUUUUACCCACCCUCUCGCGCUUCUCAAGCCUUAAAUCGGUGAACUUGUCUAGCAAUUCCAUUGUUCGCAUUACAUCAGGCUCACUUCCAAAGGGUCUUCACGUGCUCAACCUGUCGAGGAACAAGAUUGGCGCCAUCGAAGGGCUGAGAGAGCUUACGAGGUUGCGAAUUCUUGACCUGAGCUAUAACCGUAUUGCCCGUAUUGGGCAUGGGCUCUCAAACUGCACUCUGAUCAAGGAGCUCUACCUCGGCGGGAACAAGAUCAGUGAAAUCGAGGGCCUCCAUAGGAUGCUGAAGCUCACGGUCCUCGACCUUAGCUUCAACAAGAUCACCACUAACAAAUCCCUUGGCCAGCUCGUAGCCAACUACAACUCUCUGUUGGCCCUCAACCUCCUUGGGAACCCAAUCCAAAGCAACAUCAGUGACGAGCAGCUCCGGAAGGCCGUCUGUGGCCUCCUCCCAAGGCUCGUCUACCUCAACAAGCAGCCGCUGAAGCAGCAGAGGGCCCGAGAGCUUGUUACGGACAGCGUUGCUAAGGCUGCCCUUGGGACACGAGGCGGGCGGGCUUUGGCCCGGAGGAAGCUGUCUGUAAAGCGGGCAGGCCCUGGUGGAUCCGGGCACGGUUCCAUCCCAUCGACCUCGGGUGUGCACAAGAGAAGUGAGACCAGCAGGCAGAAGAAAGGGAAGGGCAAGGCUAAUAGCCAUAGCCGGUCGCAUUCCCAUCCCAGAUUGCCAUGAAAGAGAGCUUUAUCUUCGGAUCGAUCGAACAUCACAGCUUUAAAUUUUUCAUUCCAUUGCCGUUUCCUCGUGCUUUUCUGAGUGGACGAUAUCAGCAGUUAUGCCCAUAAAACUAUGUUGUGGGGCGUCUUGCUUGAUCUGUUUUGUCUCAAUGGGCUUGGUUGUGUUCGUUGUUUUUCUGCACAUUAUUAAUUCAUCCCUUUUUUUAGUUGCAUUUA